AUGUCGCCUCGAAUUGUUCCAGGCGCAGUGGGCGGCGACGGCGACGACAGCGAUGACAAGGAGAAGGAAGAGGAAGCAGAACGCGAACGGCAAGAGGCCAUCCGCGAGGCCGAGGAGCGACGCAAGGAGAAGCAUCGCAAGAUGGAGGAGGAGCGGGAGAAGAUGCGCCAAGAGAUUAGGGAUAAGUACAAAAUUCCUAAGAAAGAAGAAAUGGUGGAACAACAGCAGCAAGAACCCGACAAUCCACUAAUGAGGAAGAAGAAGACGCCCGAGGAAUUGGCCGCCGAAGCGGAGCUCGAAGACCAAGACGAGUUCACGAAACUGAAGAACACCAUCGAAACGCAAGUGAACGAACUGAAGUCUCAAAUCGAGAGCAAGUGCGUGAUGCAGUGA